AUGGUUUCGCUGACUUUCAGCGUGAUAAAGAGAGGCUUGCGGAGCCAGGUGCGCUUUUUCUGCUUGGUCGAGGGCUAUCCUUGUCUUAUUCUGACAUCAUGUUUGUUCCUAGGUCCUGGCACUAUCGCACCGUUUGGCGCUGGGCUUAUCGUCAACUAUCGCUCGCUUCUACUCACGCACGCAGCGUUUGCUCUCGCCGAGCGCUCUGUCGACGUGUUAUCUCUUACAUGGUCCACAACGGUCAUCGACUUUAUGCAGUGGAUCGACGAGGAAUGGGAGACGCUCCUCGAAGGCAUUGAAAAGGGGAAGCUGCCUCAGUUUCCUGAGACAGAGGAGGUGCAUGCGGCCAUCGCUACCAUGUUUUAUGCAGACCCGGAGCGAGCGGAAGAGCUACGCAAGAUCGGUCCUCCCUCGCGUACCGCCGUUGGGUGGGCAACGAAGACCUGGCCCGGCCUAAACUCGUUGCGGGCCAUCAGUACAGGCGCUUUUGAACGGCUCCUCCCCAAGUUGAGGGCAUUUGUGGGUCCAGAUGUAAAAGUUGCCACCCCAGGGUAUGGCUGCACGGAAUGCCCCGUCGGUGGCACGUUUGGCGCCGAGGUUCCUUCCGUAUUCAAGGUGGUCAACGACAACUAUAUCGAGCUACUCGAGAUCCUCGAUGACGGUGAGGAUGGCGCAGUCAAGCAGCUUUGGGAAGUAGAGUUUGGCAAGCUAUAUGAGCCCGUCUUUACGACGUAUGAUGGUCUAUGGCGGUACCGAAUCCAGGAUGUCGUACAAGCUGUCGGCUUCGACCCUGCCGAUGGUGCUCUGGUGUUGAAGUACAAAGAGCGCCGCAACCUGUCGAUGAAAAUACCUAACUGCGCGUUGAUCACGUCAUCGGAUAUUGUUGAGUCUGUCGCUUCCGUCGAAGGACUCAAGCAUGCCGAGUUCACGACGUUCCUCGACGAUCGCUUGGUCCCGGCCACAGUGGGAUUCUUCGUAGAAUCCGCUCAAACAAGCACUAUCUCACCCUCGGAUCGAGACGUGAUCCGGGACGCAUUGGUUGAAACGAACGGAAACUUUGCCAUUAGCGCGAAGAGGGGCUCUGCCGUUCGGCCGACUAUUCGGAUUCUUGCUCCUGGAACGUUUGCUGAGUUUAGGCAUUGGAGAGGGUCGCUCAACGCUUCGGGAAGCUCACAAAUCAAGGUCUCCCUCAUCACGCUCGAUCCACGGUCGCAAGAGUUCUUCCUCGGUAAGGUCAUUGAUGAGGUGCAUUAG